AUGUCCAGCGAUGUCGUGGAAAAAGUACAAACGGCCAGAGUACAAGAUUCAGAAACUUGGGACAUUGAAAAAAGAUCAAAAUACACGGUUUACAAAGUCGUAGUACAUUCGGGAUCAUCGAGUUGGUUCGUUUUUCGAAGAUAUGCCGAAUUUCACAAAUUAUUCGAAUCCCUGAGGAAACAAUUUCCCAAUCUGCAAUUAAAACUUCCCGGUAAAAAACUUUUCGGGAAUAAUUUAGAUCCGAAUUUUGUCGCAAUGAGACAAGACGGAUUGGAUAAUUUCGUACAGCAAAUAAUUAGUCAUACGAUUUUACUACAGUUAAACAAAUUCCGACUUGUAUUAACUUAUAAUAAAUGUUCAGCCAUCGAUGAGGGGAUAACAAAAGAUGAAAACAUUUUGGUGAACGAUGAUAACAAAACGGAAAUUAAUAAAUUAAAUUUGGGACCGUCGGAAAGAACUCACGCUCAACCGUCAGAUUUUGAUUUUUUAAGAGUCAUCGGACAGGGUAGUUUUGGAAAAGUCAUCUUAGCCAAACAUAAAAACGAAAACAAGUAUUACGCCGUUAAAGUAUUGAAAAAAAAACAGGUGAUAAGGAAAAACGAAGCCAAACACAUAAUGUCGGAAAGGAACGUUUUGUUGAAAACCUUAAAUCAUCCUUUUCUCGUCGGUUUACAUUAUAGUUUUCAAACGACGGAAAAACUUUAUUUCGUACUCGAUUACGUUAACGGCGGAGAGCUUUUUUUUCACCUUCAAAGGGAAAGAGUUUUUUCGGAGAGUCGAUCACAAUUUUACGCAGCCGAAAUAUCAUGUGCCUUAGGUUAUUUACAUUUCAAAGGAAUCAUUUACAGAGAUUUAAAACCUGAAAAUAUUUUAUUAGAUGCUCAAGGUCACAUAGUAUUGACUGAUUUCGGUCUUUCAAAGGAAGGUUUACUAGGAACGGAUACUACGAAAACAUUUUGCGGUACUCCCGAAUACCUGGCUCCGGAAAUCAUUUUGAAAGAGGCAUACGAUCGAUCCGUCGAUUGGUGGUGUUUGGGUACCGUCCUGUACGAAAUGUUAUUCGGGUUACCUCCUUUUUAUUGUCGGGAUACGUCGGAAAUGUACGAUAGAAUACUCAACAAGCCUUUGGUGAUAAAAACAACCGUGUCAGAAGGUGCUCGAGAUAUAUUAAGCAAGCUAUUAGAAAAAGAUAGAUCGAAACGUUUGGGAAGCGGUUACGGAGAUUUCGAUGACGUACAACGUCAUCCAUUUUUCCGUAACAUCAAUUGGGAUUCUUUGGUUGGGAAAAAAAUCAAACCGCCUUUUAAUCCUCUGGUUCGAGGUGUAAUGGAUCUUAGAAACAUUGAUCCGCAAUUCACUAAAGAACAAGUUCCUGCUUCCAUAGAACAAAAUUGCGACGAAUACCUAAGUGCCAGCGUUAGAGAAGCCGACGAUGUUUUUGCCGGAUUUUCUUAUGCUCCUCCCACGGCCGAACUUUCGGCAUGA